AUGUCCUCGAAAGCUGCACCUCCAGUCGUCUCAACGCCUCCAGGAAGUCUAAAUGCUGAACCAGCAAGAAACUCGACGGCAACCUCACUGCGGAGUUCGAGCCCCGUGAUGGAGAAGGAGACGCCGAAAAUACCGGAUGUAGCCAGUGAAAAUGACCAUGCCUCAAAGAACCCAACAAACCAAGAAGAAGAGGUCACACCCAUAGCAGAACUGGAUGGCGACAAGCCGCAGACGAUCGACUGCCCAUUCUGCAAGCAGCGCACGAAGACAACGGUUAAGAAGACGGGGGAGUUCAAGCAGCUAAUGAUGCGAACUGUUUCCGGUGUUUUCUUCUUCCUCGUCUGCUGCGUCCCCAGCAUGGUGGGCUGGUGCGUGGAUUUGCACUAUUCCUGCUCGGAGUGUCAUAUGAAGGUCGCGGCACGACCGCAUAAAGGGCGGAUGAUCGUCUACAAGCCUAAAGAGUGA